AUGACCCCAAAAUCUGGGCAAGAGUGGGGGACAGUCCUCUCCCACCUGGUGCUUGGAGUGGUGUCUCUGCAUGCAGCUGUGUGCACUGCCCAGGCAAGUCGAGGAGCCGCUGCUGGCUUCUUGCUCCAGGCUCUGGCUGCCACCGCCACCAUUCUGGCCCCAGGGCUGGGCACAGAUGAAGAUGGUCUCGCUGGAGCGUGGGUGGCCACUGUCAUCAGCCUGCCCCUUCUGGCCUUUGAUUUCCACUGGUGUACUAAUGGUCACUUGAUGUGCGCUGGCUGUUUUAUCCACCUACUAGCAGAUGCCCGACUGAAGGAGGAACAGGCCACGUGCCCCAACUGCCGUUGUGAGAUCAGUAAGAGCCUCUGCUGCCGGAACCUGGCUGUGGAGAAAGCCGUGAGUGAGCUGCCAUCUGAGUGUGGCUUCUGCCUACGCCAGUUUCCCCGCUCACUGCUGGAGAGGCACCAGAAGGAGGAGUGCCAGGACAGGGUCACCCAGUGCAAGUACAAGCGCAUCGGCUGCCCAUGGCAUGGCCCCUUCCACGAAUUGACGGCGCAUGAGGCUGCCUGUGCCCACCCGACCAAGACAGGCAACGAGCUGAUGGAGAUCCUGGAUGAACUGGACCAGGGCCGCCGCAAGGAGAUGCAGCUAUACAACAGCAUCUUCAGUCUGCUGAGUUUCGAGAAGAUUGGCUACACAGAGGUCCAGUUCCGGCCAUACCGCACGGACGACUUCAUCACGCGCCUCUACUAUGAGACGCCCCGGUUCACGGUGCUGAACCAGACAUGGGUCCUGAAGGCACGGGUGAACGACUCGGAGCGCAACCCCAACCUGUCGUGCAAACGCACUCUCUCCUUCCAGCUCAUUCUAAAGAGUAAGGUCAACGCACCGCUGGAGUGCUCCUUCCUGCUGCUUAAGGGUCCUUACGACGACGUGAAGAUCAACCCUGUCAUCUACCACUUCGUGUUCACCAACGAAAGCAACGAGACUGAGUACGUGCCGCUGCCCAUCACUGACUCCGUGGAGUGCAACAAGUUGUUGGCUGCCAAGAACAUCAACCUGCGGCUCUUCCUGUUCCAGAUCCAGAAGUAG